AAGUUUUGUCUGUGGUUCGUUUGUUUUCUCGUUUCUCUUCUCUGAUGUUUGUGAAAUAAAGUGAAUCCUGAAACUGAAUCCGAUUUAAUCUUGAGUUUGUGUUAUUGAAACUCCACCAAAAUGUCCAUGUUCCCAGGAACUGUGGCGUUUGACGAGUUCGGCCGUCCAUUUAUUAUUUUAAGGGAUCAAGAUAGGCAGAAAAGGAUAACCGGUAUCGAUGCACUGAAGUCGCACAUCCAAGCCUCUCGGCAGAUCGCCACCAUCCUCCGUACCUCCCUCGGUCCACGAGGCUUGGACAAGAUGAUGGUAUCAUCUGAUGGUGAGGUGACAGUCACCAACGAUGGUGCGACCAUCCUGAAGCUGAUGGAUGUUGAUCAUCAGAUUGGCAAGCUGAUGGUGCAACUGGCCCAGAGUCAAGAUGACGAGAUUGGUGACGGUACCACUGGUGUUGUGGUGCUUGCUGGUGCCCUCCUGGAGCAGGCCUCCAACCUUCUCGACAAGGGCAUCCAUCCGAUCCGCAUAGCCGACGGCUUCGAAAUGGCCGCCGCAGCAGCGCUAGAACACUUGGACGGCAUCAGCGAAGCGUUCCCCGUGAAUAAGGAUACGAGGGAGCAUCUGAUUAAGGUUGCCAUGACGACGCUCGGCAGCAAGGUGGUUGUCAAGUGCCACAGGCUGAUGGCGGAGAUUGCUGUUGAUGCGGUCCUCUCCGUAGCUGACUUGGAGAAGCGUGACGUUAACUUUGAGCUGAUCAAGGUGGAAGGCAAAGUCGGCGGUCGCAUGGAAGACUCUAUGCUCGUGCGAGGAGUUGUUAUUGACAAGACGAUGAGCCACCCGCAGAUGCCUAAAGUUUUGAAGAACGCGAAACUAGCGAUCCUCACCUGCCCGUUCGAGCCACCGAAGCCCAAGACCAAGCAUAAGCUGCAAGUUGGCUCCGUGGAAGAGUACAGGGAGCUGCGGCAGUAUGAACACGAGAAGUUCAUUGAGAUGGUGCGACGUGUUAAGGACACAGGAGCGACCCUGGCUAUUUGUCAAUGGGGCUUUGACGACGAAGCGAAUCAUCUUCUCCUAGCUGAACAGCUUCCCGCAGUAAGAUGGGUCGGUGGACCAGAAAUGGAGCUCAUUGCUAUCGCAACUGGAGGCAGGAUUGUGCCAAGGUUCGAAGAGCUGUCCGCUGACAAGCUGGGCAGCUGCGGUCUGGUGCGGGAACUGACAUUCGGCACGUCCAAAGACGAGAUGCUUGUCAUAGAAGAGUGCUCCAACUCACGUGCAGUGACCGUGCUCGUUCGCGGCGGGAACAGAAUGAUUGUGGAAGAAGCCAAGCGGAGCGUGCACGACGCGCUGUGUAUCGUGCGCAGUUUGGUGCAGGACUCCCGCGUAGUGUACGGUGGGGGUGCUGCGGAGGUGUCCUGCUCGUUGGCAGUGGGCCGAGCUGCUGACAAGCUGUCUUCCCUGGACCAAUACGCGUAUAGAGCAUUUGCUGAUGCCCUAGAGGCUAUUCCGAUGGCUCUCGCUGAGAAUAGCGGUCUAUCGCCCAUCGACACGCUGUCGCACGUGAAAGCGCGCCAAGCGGCUGAGAACAACAGCAAUCUAGGUGUCGACUGUAUGGGAUUGGAUUCCAAUGACAUGAAAGCACUGAACGUGAUCGAAUCUUUACACUCAAAGAAGCAGCAGAUCGCCUUAGCGACGCAACUCGUCAAGAUGAUACUUAAGAUUGACGAUGUACGCUCGCCCACGGAUAAUAUGGAAUAAAUAAUUAUUUUAUAACCUAAA